UCUAUCUCCAAGAAACUGGGUUUGUUAAUGUUAUCGCCUAAAAUAUCCUUGCUGCCUUGCAAUGCGGCUGUUCAGAUACAAUAUUCAAAUGUAAAGGAAAACCUCUCUAAAACCCUCUCGUAAAUUUUAAUGCAAUCCUCUCUCCCCUCAUCACCACCAUCCAAAAAAUGCAAACUUCUUUUCCCAUUUCACCGUCCAAAAUCCCCUCAAUUUUCCCAUUCAACCACCCCAUUUCCCAUAAACCGACAAUAACCACUACCCAACAUCAAUUUCCUCUCCAAACCCAUGUCAAAAAACCCAUAAACUCUUCCGUAAAAUCUUCUAGCCAUUUGUCAGCAAUUGGCCGUAUAAUCGAGGAAGAAGAGGAGUUCAGAAAGGCCCGUGCCGCUGUAACCCGUAAAGGAGUCGACUUGGAAGGUUAUUCUAUAGAGGGUCUCUCCAUUGGAGGCCAAGAGACCUGUUUAAUCAUACCAGAGUUUAAGUGUGCUUUUGAUAUUGGCAGAUGUCCCUCGAGAGCUAUUAAUCAGAACUUUGUGUUCAUCACUCAUGCCCACCUUGAUCACAUUGGUGGGUUGCCAAUGUAUGUGGCAAGUCGUGGUUUGUAUAAUUUAAAGCCUCCAACCAUAUUUGUGCCCCCUUGUAUCAAAGAGGAUGUUGAGAAGCUUAUGGACAUUCAUAGAGCCAUGGGGCAAGUGGAAUUGAAUCUUGAUUUGGUUGCAUUGGGUGUAGAUGAAACGUAUGAAUUGCGGAAUGAUAUUGUGGUUCGACCAUUUAGAACCCAGCAUGUUAUACCUAGCCAGGGUUAUGUCAUUUAUUCUGUUAGAAAGAAGUUGAAGAAAAAAUAUAUUCAUCUCAAGGGGAAACAGAUUGAGAAAUUGAAGAAGUCAGGUGUUGAGAUUACAGAUAUAAUUUUGUCCCCAGAGGUGGCCUUUACUGGUGAUACCACUGCAGAGUACAUGCUUGAUCCCCGUAAUUCAGAUGCAUUGAGAGCCAAGAUUCUCAUAACUGAGGCAACUUUCCUGGAUGAAGAUUUUAGCAUUCAACAUGCACAAAAACAUGGCCAUACUCAUUUGUUUGAGAUUAUAAAAAAUGCUGAAUGGAUUCGGAAUAAAGCUGUAUUGUUAACUCAUUUUUCUUCUCGCUAUAACAUAGAGGAUAUUCAUCAAGCUGUUUCAAAGUUGCAAUCCAAGGUUUCAGCAAAAGUUGUCCCUCUAACAGAAGGCUUCAAAUCAAUGUACUGAAGAAUCCACAGUUCAGGAAAUUGUAGGAAAAUGUAAUCAAUCUUUGUAAAGUAUUUGAUCUGCCCUAACUCAACAGCAUGAGAUGGAAAUACAUUGAUCAAAGCAAACCAUGUAUCUGUGGGAUGGGGGAAACCCUAAUUUUUGGCAGUAAAAUAGCAGAAGCAAAUUAUACUUCAAAA